AUGGAUUUUGGUCUGUUGGUAACCCCGGUCGAAACAAAAGUUCAAAUUCCGCGUUGUCAUUCAGACACGGUGAAAAGAGUCGGUUAACCUAAAAUAAAGCUGCUAAGGCGAGAAUGCUGCCCACUGGGGAUGUGCAAGGCUGUCUUCGUAAAUUGGAAACUCUCUUACGAAUCGUAAAGUACCCUGGACAUGUCGACUACAAUGGGCUUUCCAAAGGAGACCCCUCAGCCUUUCUGCCAAUAUUGAGCUUCUGUCUCACCACAUUCUCUCCACCUUUUGCUGAACAACUAAUGGCAGCUGGACUGGAGAUGGCAAGCAAAAGUGACCUGAGAUUCACUGACACACUCUAUAAGGUUCUGCGAGAUAUCUUUCACUAUAAGCCAGUAGUUUCCAAGCAGCAGUUCCUUCAGAAGGGCUUUGUGCAAAGAAAAAUUUCUACCCUUUGUGACAUCAUUGAUUUGGUCCUGAAGAGACACAGGGAUCUUAAUAAGCCCAGACUCAGAAAUCCUGUCACACACAAGGACACAAGAGGAGCAGACCAUGCAAAAUUGAAUAUGCCAGAUACUGUUUGUGAAUCAUAUGCAAAAGAUGACACAUUGGCAUGUCAGAGUGCAGUGCAGGCCUUGCAUGAUGAAGCAUACUCAUUCAAUUUGUCUGAAAAUGAGAACAUAGGCCUGACAGAAAAGAAGCAAUUGGAGGAUGACAUUCAACAUUCUUCUGAUAUAGAGCGAAAGAUUUCUGUCAUGGAAGGUCAAGUUGAGAGUCUUCUUUGUAGUCUUCAAAGGCUUAGUACCUUGGAAGCCCGUCUGGAGGAGCUAGCGAGCAGGACUAACACAGAAAAGAAGGAAGGAGAAUUGAUCACAAUAUCAAGAGAGAGCUGGGAAAAUCUAAAUGGUCGAAUCCUACUACUGGAAACCAAAUUUGAACUUGGGCACACUAAGUCAAGUGCUCCUCCACCAUCCGAGUUAUCUGCCCCAUUCUACUCUUUCGCCUCCAGUUCUGAUGCUUCCAAGAGUGAUAUAAAAGACAGACUGGAGAGGAUCGCCAACAUGUUGAAGAGUACCUCAACUCUAAUGAAGAGUACAGACUCACCCACAACACCUUACAACUAGAUUGAUUAUUUACUUAAGUCAAAGUAACUUUAUUCACAGGAGGCCCACACUUCAUCAGUCGAGUUUCUGUUUGUGCUUGGCCUUUGGUGAUAGGGGAGGCAUAUUUAUCUCUUUUUGAUGGGAACAAAACUGAAAACUAAGUUUGGGUUAUUUCUGUUUAGCAGAAUUCAAUAAUUCUAUAAUCUGUAAUAAAUAUGCAGCACGGUAGAUGACUGCUUAGCACAUCUGCUUUAAUUCAGAGGUUAUGGGUUUGUAUUUGUUUUACUCUGUCAUAGUUAUCACUAUCUGGAAAUGAACUGAUUGUAAAUUGUUUACAAUAAUUUGUCUUUUGUAUAUAUUUGUUUGAUUUAGUAAAAGUUUUUGGGCCGUUUUA